AUGUUUGUACCCCCGCAUUCUGCUGCUGUCAUCCCCGACACGUGUUCUGGUGCUCGGAGAAAAAACCACCAAAACUACGUUCUUGUGCUUUUCUGUGGAGAGUUCGUGAAGGCUACCAACUUACCGAUAUAUUCAUCUGAUACGCCGCAUUCUUCUUUUCAGCGCAACCAGGCUGCUGGCCUCAAAAGUGCCAGACAUUUCGCUUGAUCGACUCCCUGGAAGCAGCAGCUCCACUGCAUCAUGGCUCUGCAUACGGUCAUACCUAGUGAGCUAAGGCAGUUGCGUGCUUGUCUGCUUUGUGGUCUAGUCAAGACGUUGAACCAAUUCCAACUAAAUGGAUGCGAAAAUUGUGAAGACUUCCUGAAGAUGCAGGGAGACAGGGACAAAGUUUAUGAGUGUUCUUCAGCAAACUUUGAUGGUCUUCUGGCAAUGAUGUGCCCAACAGAGAGCUGGGUUGCAAGGUGGCAGAUGAUUGACAAACUCACUCCGGGAGUCUACGCAGCCAGCGUCUGUGGUUCCCUUCCUGAUGAUAUCAUCCACUACUUACGUAGCAAAGGAAUACCUUAUCGCUCUUUGGAUAAAAGUGAAAAGUGACGGAGUGAGAUGUACUUUCAUCAGAUAAUUUACUUUCAACCUUGUUAAUAAAGUUAUGCUCCAGAC